AUGGAGCUAGAACUCAAGAAGGCCCCAGGAGUCUCCUCCGAUGGACAUGAGGAACUGGCGAUGUGUGGGGCUCAAGAGCACAGCGGGAUCGUGAGAUGCAUCGAUGGUGGACGGGAAUCCAUCAUUGGUUUCCUUGGGGACAUUUCGAGGACCGCGGUUGCAAGUCAGGAUGCAGGGUCCCUGUUCACUCCAUUUCCAGUGUCGUGGUUAUCCGGGAGGAGUGUGUGGACAUCGAAGUCCGUCAAUGGCGGCAGACCUAGCUCGCAGUCCUUCCUUCCCUUGGAAGGAAGGAAGGAAGGAAGCUGGCACUGGGCUGCUGAGGCUCUGAUCGGAUGA